AUGCUGAUGCUGAGGAAGGGAGGAGGAGAGAGGCUGAAAAAGAGAAAGGGAUUUUACGCGCAGCAGCAGCGGCCGAAGAACAGAUCCAUCCCGCGCGUAAAGAGAGACUCGUUCCCCUCAAAGAGGAAGGAUGAGCAGCAAGAGCUGACAGUGGGCCAGUCCAGCCAGUAUGUGGGGCCUUACCGGCUGGAGAAGACCCUGGGGAAGGGCCAGACAGGACUGGUGAAGCUGGGUGUUCACUGUAUCACGGGACAGAAGGUGGCCAUAAAGAUUGUGAACAGAGAGAAGCUGUCCGAGUCCGUCCUCAUGAAGGUGGAGAGAGAAAUAGCUAUUCUUAAACUAAUAGAGCACCCUCACGUUCUGAAGCUGCAUGAUGUCUAUGAGAAUAACAAAUACCUGUACCUGGUUUUGGAGCAUGUGUCCGGCGGAGAGUUGUUUGAUUACCUGGUGAAGAAGGGCAGGCUGACCCCCAAAGAAGCCCGGAAGUUCUUCAGACAAAUCAUCUCCGCCCUCGACUUCUGCCACAGUCACUCCAUAUGUCACAGAGACCUGAAGCCAGAGAAUCUUCUCCUGGACGAGAAGAACAACAUCCGGAUCGCAGACUUCGGCAUGGCCUCGCUGCAGGUCGGGGACAGUCUACUGGAGACCAGCUGUGGGUCCCCACAUUAUGCUUGCCCAGAGGUCAUAAGAGGGGAGAAGUACGAUGGUCGCAGAGCAGAUGUUUGGAGUUGUGGCGUCAUCCUCUUUGCUCUGCUAGUGGGUGCCUUACCCUUCGACCACGACAACCUGCGGCAGCUUUUAGAGAAAGUGAAGAGCGGCGUUUUCCACAUGCCUCACUUUAUACCUCCUGAAUGCCAAGCUCUGCUCAAAGGAAUGAUAGAGGUCCAUCCUGACAAGAGACUCACGCUAGAAGCAAUCCAGAAACACUCCUGGUACCAAGGGGGUCGUAACGAGCCAUGUCCGGAGCAGCCGCCACCCCGCCGGGUCUGUGUGAAGAGGAUCGCGUCGCUCUCAGACCUGGACCCUGACGUUCUGGAGAGCAUGUACUCCUUAGGGUGCUUCAGAGACCGGGUGAAACUCACACAGGACCUUACAAGUGAGGAGGAGAACCAGGAGAAGAUGAUCUACUACCUCCUGUUCGACAGGAAGGAGCGAUACCCCAGCUGUGAAGACGAGGAUCUGCCAGCCAGAAACGACCUCGACCCCCCUAGGAAGCGCGUUGACUCCCCCAUGCUGACCCGUCAUGGCCGCUGUCGUCCAGAGAGGAAAAGUCUAGAGGUUCUCAGCGUCACAGAACAGGGGUCUCCCACCCCACCUCGCAGGGCCCUGGACACUAAUGCACACAGCCAGAGGUCCCGUUCAGUCAGUGGAGCGUCGACAGGUCUGUCCUCCAGUCCUCUCAGCAGUCCCAGGAGCCCGGUCUUCACUUUCAGCCAAUCAGAAGUCGCCUCCUCCAAACCAGACUCCAAACCAGGAAGUGCCACCACCACCACCCGGCCCAUCCGCCCAACACCCGACCCAAAAACCAUGACCCUCCCCUCAAAGGGCCCCACAGACCGGCCUCACCUUCACUCCAUGAAGUCCCUCCCCAUCCAGACCCCUCGCUCCCCUUCCCCCUCACCUUCACCCCUUCUCUCCCCCAUCCCACGAUUCUUCAACUUCCCGUCUCCGUCCGUCUUCAAGUCCAAGCACUCGUCCUCUAACUCCUCUGCCGCUCCCCCUCCUGUGUCGCAGGUCACGCCUCAGGGUUCGCCGCUGCCCACCCCCCUGGGCACGCCUGUGCAUCAAAUCCAACACCCCUCUUCCUCCACCACCCCUCCCUCCUCUUCCUCCUCGUCUUCGUCCUCCAGAGCUGACGGAGGGGGCGGGGCUUCGCUGUCUCUGACUCCACCCUCCAGCCCCGGUGGGAGUGGAGGUCUGGCGGCUUCGAGCUCCGCCCACUGGAGGACGAGACUCAACUCGUUCAAGAACAACCUGCUGGGGUCGCCGCGCUUCCAUCGGCGCAAACUGCAAGUCCCCACAUCAGAGGACAUGUCCAGUCUGACUCCUGAGUCCAGUCCAGAACUGGCGAAGAAGUCAUGGUUUGGUAACUUCAUCAGUCUGGAGAAAGAGGAGCAGAUCUUCGUGAUGAUCCGAGACAAACCGCUCAGCUCCAUCAAGGCCGACAUUGUCCACGCCUUCCUCUCCAUCCCGUCCCUCAGCCACAGUGUGGUUUCUCAGAACAGUUUCCGGGCAGAGUACAAGUCCUCCGGAGGCCCCUCUGUCUUCCAGAAGCCCGUCAAGUUCCAGGUGGACAUCGGUUUCUCUGAGGGGGAGAGAGAGAGGGAGCGGGAAGGGAAGAGAGAGCUGGGAAUCUACAGCGUCACCUUCAGCCUGAUCGCAGGUCCGAGUCGCAGAUUCAAGAGAGUCGUGGAGACGAUUCAGGCUCAGCUGCUCAGUUCUCAUGAUCAGCCCUCUGUGCAGGCAUUGGCUGAUGAGAAGAACGGUCAGCUCUCCCGGCAGCCCAGCACUCCUUCCCGGCAGAACUCCCGACGCUCUGAAAGCGGCUCGGAGCGAGACCGGCUGGAGAAGGAGCGUCCGGUGGAGGGUGGGGGCGGCAGCAGCAGCAGCAGCAGCAGCAGCGGGACGGCCUUACAGAGGCGAGGGUCGGGGAAAGACAAGACCAGACUCCUGUCGGCGUCUAACGGGACGCAGUCUCACCCCUGAGCGAAUGUCUGGGAGGAGGGUCGUCCUCCCGGCCUUUUCUCUUCCUUCCCUCAGUCCUCCCCACAUCCUUUCCUUUUCCUAUUUAGUCCUGUCUAGUAGCCAGCACUGUGAACCUGGAAGUGUGGAGGACCCUAAAGUUAUAUGAUAGAAAUGUUUAGUACAGGUCCCCAGUAGUUAGAAACUGCCGGAUGCUAACCUGGGCAUUUUGCACAAUUAGCAUAAGUUGCGUUAAUUAGCGUUAUAGCAGUUGUAUGUGCUGGGGACCCCUACUAUACAUUUCUAACAUAACACUUUGGGUUCUCGACAUGUCCUGGUUCACAACAGGACUCUAUGAGCUAGCAACUAGACUCAUUUCCUCUCUUCCUACCUUGCUUCUUGCCAUUAUUCCAAAGCAAUGUAAAGGAGGAGGGGGACGUUUUUCCCUUGAACCUGAUCUCGGGAUCGGAGGGAGAAUUUCCCCACAAAUGGCGGAUUUUAGCAGAAGUGUGUCAGAGACGGCUUCUCAUCAGAGCCUGGAGACACGAUGGUCCAAGAAGUCCCUCCGAACAAGAGAAAUAGAGUGGUGCAGCGGUGUGGUAUUCCUGGGUUGGUCCCUGAAGGCAGCAUCUCCCUGGUCCAAUGGGAUUUCUCCAUGUGAUUUUGGAUUAUCGCAGAUUAAUCUCAACGUUUAUGAUUCUAACACGUUUAGUUCAGCAGGAUAAUCUCCACAUAUUAACACCACUUUAUGAUUUCUGAAGUAAAAAGCUAACUAUAGGCUAUAAAGGAACUACAGCACGGUCACAUGACUUCACCUCACCACCGCUAAGCUCAAGGAGGCUAAUGUUGGGCUAUAAAGGAACUACAGCAAGGUCACAUGACUUCACGUCUCCACCGCUAAGCUAAAGGAGGCUAACGUUGGGCUAUAAAGGAACUACAGCACGGUCACAUGACUUCACGUCACCACCGCUAAGCUAAAGGCGGCUAAUGUUGCGCAUGAUGACGUCUAGUCGUCUCAUUUAGACUCUUGAUAGCAACAACAACCAAAAACACAUUCAGAAACCAUUGACCUCCAGACCAAGUGAUUAAAAUGCUGACUCAUUCCCAGGGUUUUCGGACUCAUUCCUGCACCACUCUAUACAGGAAAAGAUGACAGCCAUGAAAAAAAAACAUUGUUCAUCUGCUCAACAAAUCCAAAAAGCACACGACCCUCUCACAAAGCUGCACUCACAACACGUGGUUCGAACCCACCAGGAAACCUCCAUCUGUCACUCAAACAUCUUUUUUUAUUUUCUGACACCUGGCUCCUCUUCACCUCCGCAUGUGGAGUCAGGAAACCCGCUCUCCUCCCGUUCUAAUUGAAGACAAAUGUGUGUUCUCAAGCAAAAUGAGGAUGUGUUACGAGUGAGAAUGACAGGGAUAUGCUUGAUUGUUAAAGUGGAUUUUAUCAGCAGAUAAAUAGCAAACAUAAUGCUGUUCUUUAACAAUCGGAGUCGGAGAAUGGAUCUACGUAGCCCUUUAGCUAGCUGGUUAUCCAAUUUUCCUUGAGUGUUUGAGAAGCAUACAUUUCCCACGGUUAUUUCUGAAUUACACUGAUAAAGCUAUGAUACCGUAUUGCCUUUAAUGGAGGAGAACAAGUGGAUAGCUAGUUAGAUUUAGAGGACACUAGUCACACCACAGUUAGAAUGUCUCACAAGUGAAAAUUCACACCAGAGGAGUAGAGAGGGAUAGAUAGAUGGAGAUUAAACAGAGAGUAUAGCUAGCAAGAGGUAUCCGUUUGGUAGCAAAGGAAGGAAAGGAGUAGCCGCAUAACGCUGAGCUAACGUAGAGAUGGCGCUGAAAGCCGGUUCUGUUCGUUGAGGAAUGUUUUCCAAGUCUUUAUGUACAAUAUUAAUUUGCGAAGUCGUUGUUUCUCCUGUGAUUCCUUCCAAGUGCGACUCUACUGGGAGAGAUGGGAUACAAAGCCCACAGUCUGAAUGCUAAUGUUAGCUUUAACUUGAUAGGGCAAAGCUUAGCAACCAAACUAGCUUACUUUGGAUUUCUCAAAAUACUGAAGUGUAGUGCAUACGUUUACUCUGUACUGUUAGCAUGUUAGCGUUUAGGUCUCCCCAUUGUACGUUUAGCAAAAGCUAAUAGAGCAUUAGUCAAGUAAUGCUAAACUCUGCCCCGAAAAGCAGCUCUCAAAGCCUAGCUUAGCAACCAGUAUAGGCUUAUUUGGAUUUCUCAACAUGCUACAUUAAAGGCUCACUUUUAAUGAUGUAUUUAAGGCACAAUGCUUACGAUAGCUUUCACACAAGGCCCCUUUAAAAGUUUGUGUUUUAAAAGGAGUGACUGUUAGCUUCACAAGCUUGCUAGCUAAAGCUGUCAUUUCAGCUGUCACAAUUAAUAUGUGUGUGACAAAAAAUGGUAAGACAUUAGUUGUCUACUUCUGAAUGAACAUAUGGACCAAAAAUGUUCAAUGUUAGCAUUUUAGAUAGCUACUGCAAAACUAGCCUUAUUGUCACAUCAUUUCAAAAGACUAAUUUAAAUACGUUGCCUUGUGACAUUUGCAUGGUUUAUUAACAGAUGAACCCAGAUAAAUAAACGGUGUAGACCUGUCAUAGCUGCUUUUAAUUUGGCUAAAAUAUUAGCAUUAGCAUCAAUGCUUUGAUCCAGAGCUCGCUCUUGUUGCUCUGCUGCAUCUCUGCCUGCAAUCUGUGGACAUUUUCAUAGUUCUUUUGAUCAAUUUGGCGAUGUUGUUGCAGGCGUAAUUUCCAUAUCGCUGUCGUAGUAUUAAAAACUACAAGGCUGAUGUAUAAUCUGUAUUAUAUUCAGUAAACAAGGCACAAAUCCUUCAUGAUUGCCAGGACAAAGAUAUCGAUUUUGGUUUUUAACUUCCUUCAGAAAGCAUGUUUAGUGACGGGGUUUUGUCUACUAUCUCUCACGGUGGAGUCACAAGAAACUACUGAUCAACCAGUAUCUGUAGGAGGAAGUAUUACAGUGACUAAUAACAGUUUCAGUGUACAAAUUAGCAUGUGAAUAUUGUAUGAAAGUCUUGAAUGAAGUCCAACUCUUUCCUGAGAGGAUAGGAAAGGGACAUUGGAAUAAACAAAGCUGGUCAAACAGGACAAGCAGGCUUCUUAGACCCACAAUUAGGCAACUGAAACCGUUCCUAUGUUCCUUUUAGUUUGACAAGAGAUGCAAAAGGAUGCGGGGCGACGCCAAAGCCCCAACGAACAAAUGAUGGACUUUUAACGAGGGGAAAGGAAAUAGCAGUGUGUCUUGUUAUAGAAACACUGCACACAUUAUGCCUGGACGAGGAAAAGUGAAGCCACUCAUAAAGAAUGAAUCUGGUUUUAGUUUUGAUUUUCCAUACCUGGGUUUUCUACUCGUUCUGUCUGAUUGUUAAUGAGGGCGGCGCCAACAAUGUGAAUGUGAAAAAACUUUUGAAAGUGUUAACAUAUUUUUGUUCCACAUAUAUUUAUGGAGUGUAUUUAUUUAUCUAUGUAUUUAUUUUGUUUGUCAUGUAUUUGUUAAAAGUGUUUCAUGGAUGGAAAAACAGGAGAUGGAUUAAGACCGGAAACCAGACAAUUCCUCUCCUUUUUCUCUAUUAUGACAAUUAAUGCUGCAAAAAGACCUUGCAUUUCUACACUGUGUUUUUACCUGUUCAUUCAGCACCCUUGGCGACCAUGGUCACACUUUAUGCACACACAGAUAGAGAUAAGCUUCGAGAACAAAAGAGUCGUACCACUGGAAAUGUAUUCACUCCUUUAUUUGUUCUGGGGCAAAAGAGAGCUGGAUGCUAAGCUGCUAAACACGGUACAUCAGUGGGAUGAACAAGCAUUCAUUUUCUUUUGCUAAUUCUCUCAAAAUUGGGUUAAAAUUUGGGAUCACUUUGGGUGUAAAGCUGGCUUGUUGGUGGUGCAGACAAUGAAUCUUAGUCACUUCCUUAAUCCUCUCACUUCUUAUUCGGCUAAACAUCAGGUUAAAUACUUUGCUUAAUGGUAAAAAACAAACAAACAAACCUGCAGAACAUUCCCUGAUCCCGAGCUCUGCUUUGGGUUUAGAGCUAACUAGCAACUGCUGGCAUGCUAACGAGGUAAACUACAAAAAUGACACCUGCUAAUCAUCAGUUAGCAUUUAGCUCAUAGUAAAGCCUCUCAGAGCUAGCAUGACUGCAGACUGUUAGUCUGUCAGUGCAGACAAACUCACCCUAUAUCCACUUUUGGUAAAAUACAAAGCUAGUAUAUACUGUUAAACAGAAGGAGGGACGAACAAAAAGUCUCCAUAUUUUAGCUGCACUUUGCUAAACAUCAAUUAGCAUUUAGCUCAAAGUAAAGCAAGCAGGGCUGCAGAGUGUUAGUCUCUUUCUUUUCCGACCAACUCAACUUUCAUCUACAACUACUACUCAGUUAGCUCAAAGUAAAGCCUCAGAGCUAGCCCAGCUGCAGACUCUUAGUGUCUUUGUAUUUCAGAAUGCUAUAAAAAUCUUCCACAAUGACUGCUAACAAAUGCAUUUUGGGUCAUAAUCAUUCCCUACAUCCUCUUUUAGUAAAAUGCAAAGAAGAUACUGUUAAGCAGGAAGAGAAAGGGAAGGAAAGUCUCCAUAUUUUAGCUGCUAAACAUCAGUUAGCAUCACAGAGCUAACCCGGCUGCAGACUCUAGCUGACUGCUUAACAACAACAACAACAACAACAACAACAACGACUGCAAACAGAAAUGCAUUUCCUCUAAUAUUCAUUCCCCUUUGAAUGUGCCAACCAACGACCCACUGAAACCGUGUCACGUCUAUAGUUGACUUUCAAUGGUGUCUUCGCACUCUGCUCCCUCAACUUUUAUGUGUGGAUUUAAAAGCCACUUUCCUCACUGAUACUGGUGGAAGAACUGGGAAAUGGUCUGUUUCAACUCAUUAACACGCAAAUGCAAACAGAGCACUGUCAGAAUGUCCUCCGAGACAAAGCUCCAAGUGAGGAUUGGGAAUAAUCAGGACAGUUUUCCAUCUGGUUUCACUGUACAUUUUAAAUGUGUUUCCACCUAUCAUGUAAUCAGAGGCUUUCUUUUCCCUUCCUGGGUUUUGAAGUGGGCCCCUUUAGCAGAAUCCAGCAGUGAGGCCCCUCACACCUGUAGGGUCAGGGGAGGUUUAAGGUCACAUGAAACACAGUUAGGCUUUUUCAGAGACAAAGCUAGAGAGGAUUCUUGCUGUACUUUAAGGAUCAGAAUCCACUCACAACGGGACUCUUGGCACCCAUGGCUCGCUCCUAUUGAAAGAAAUCUCCCCCUCCGUUAUUCCCCGAAUUCACUUUUCUACACCCCCCCCCCCAUCCCUCCUCUUUGUAUCUGCACAUAUCUCACCCCUCAUAUAACCUUCCCCUUGUUUUAUACUCUAUGCAGACGAUGUAUACAUUUAUAUUCAUCUGUAUACACUGCCUGUCUCCAUCGUAUGCCAUCCAUAUCUAUGUAGCGUUCACUAUCUUUUAUCGACACUGUAGUCACCGUCCCGCUCAUCAUUAUUCUCCCUCUGCAGUUACAAUUGUACGACUAUAAUCUCCCGCCAUUACUCCCCUCCACCUGUUCUACCCCACCCCACCACCCUUACCCCCAUCUCCUGAAACUCCACCCCCAACCGUAGAAAGGGGAGUUUGUGGCGUCAGAAAAAAUGAAAUGAAAUUUGAGGGAGGUGUGUGUGUGUGUGUGUGGGGGGGAGGGUGGGUGGGUGGGUGGAGAGAACAGCUCAAUGAUGACGACGAAGAGAAAUGUCUGUAGUAUAAUUACAAAAAAGGAAAAGUGCACUAUUAUGACAAUGAUUAUUAUUGCCUGUGAGAAAU